GUGUCAGCCCAGCAGAGUGAGAUGGACGGCAAGUUUGCGGCCAUGCAUCGCACGGUGCUCCUACUCAAAAAGUACGGCCAGAUCCUGGCGGAGAAGACACAGUUCCUGUUCAAUGCAGCGCCCGGGCGAUGGAAUAACCUCAAGACCAAAGUCUCUCUGGCCAAACAGCGGCUGGGACCAAGGAUUCAGGAGGAGAGUGCGAGCAUCACGCAGGAUCUUGAAGCAUUUGCCGUUCGCGUGAUGUCGCUGUCAGACGACCUUGACAAUUCUGAUGUGUACCAGCGUGAGUGCAGCAUCAGUGAUGCCUACAGCAUCAUCGAGGGCUUCAGCAAGAGGCUGCAGGUGUUGGAGAACGAGGCACAGGACCUGAUAGAACUACAGGAGUUGUUGGAGGCUUCUGUGGUCAACUUUUCUCUGCUGCCCACAGUGAUAGAAGAACAGCAGUCGGAGUGGAAGCGGCACAGGUGGCAAAAGAUGAACACCAAGUUUCUGCGGGACGAGACGAACAAACAGCUGGACAUUGUCCGAGCGCUGCCCGAGGACGUGUUCACCUGGGAUGUCUACAUGGGUCUGCAUGAGUCUAUCACUACUAUACAGGCAUGUCUGCCUCUGAUCGAUGACCUUAGCAACCCAGCCAUGCGGACCCGGCACUGGAAACAGCUGGUGCGAGUGACCGGCGGAGCGCUGACCAUCGACAAUGACACCCUGAAGAGGAUGACCCUCAGAGAACUGCUCAGCCUGGGAUUGCAGCAGCACGUUGACGAUGUGAGAGCCAUCGUCCAGCGAGCGGUCAAGGACCUGGCUAUUGAGAACGCCCUCAAGACCUAUGAAGAGGUGUGGCUGAGCAAAGUGUUUGAGCUGAGAGCUCACGUCAGGAACAAGGUGUCCGUCUCUGCCGACAUCACACAGAACCUGAACCCAGUUUAA